GAUGCCUGUGUCGUCUCGCUGACCCACAAUCGAAGGCGCAGAGGUCAAGGCAUUUACCUUGUUCGGUUCCAAUUUCGAAGAGCGUAAACAUUUUCCUUUCCUCUUGUGUUGCAACCAAAUGUGCAAUGCUUCGGGGCCACCGCUGAAGAAGCGGAAGCCGCAGCCGCUUCCAGUCACGGAGCCGUUCCCCAUCUACCUCGACAACAACGCCACGACCCCGCUGUGUGAGGAGGCAUGGCAGGCUAUCUGUCGUGUGCACAAGGCGUGGGGGAACCCGAGUUCCACCCAUCCCUACGGCCUUGCCGCCAAGUACGAACUUGAAGAGGCGCGCAAGAAGGUGCAGGCGGCACUCCACGCCCCCACCGCCGACUCCAUCAUUUUCACCUCGGGUGGAACGGAGUGCAACAACCUCGCGAUUGUCGGCGGCACCUUGGCGUUGCGUCGAAGGCAGCCAAAGCGGCGCUACGUCGUCUCGACCAAUGUCGAGCACCCGGCAGUAACGGAAGUGCUGAAAUUUAUGGAGGGCACCGCUGCUGGGGCGGCCUCGACGGACGCCGCGACGAGACAGAGCGCUGCGCCGGCAGAAACGGUGCGGGUGGAGGUGAACCCUGUGUCGGGUCAACUUGACCCCGAGACGCUCCGGCACGCGCUGGAGCGGCUGCCUGACGGACCGGGUGCUGUUGCGAUGGUGUCGGUCAUGUUCGCCAACAACGAAAUCGGCGCUGUGAACGACAUCAAGGAACUGUGUCGCGUGGCGAAGCAGGUGUGCGGUGAGGACUGUCUCUUUCACAGCGACGCUGCGCAGUCAAUGGGGAAGGUGGUGGUGGAUGUUGCCGACACCAACGUGGACUUCUUGUCCGUCUGCGGGCAUAAAUUCUACGGGCCCAAAGGCGUCGGUGCCCUGUACAUCAAGCCCGGUGUUCGGGUGAGCAACAUUCUCUUUGGAGCCGGACACGAACGUGGCCUUCGUCCGGGCACGGAGAACGUCCUACUCGCCGCCGCAAUGGCAGAGGCGCUGCUGCACGCGUGCACAAACGUUGACAAGUUUGCCGCGGUGAUGCGCGAUACGCGUGACGAGCUGCUGACGGUGCUGAAACGCGAGCUGGCACCGCACAACAUGGACCUCGUCAUCAACGGUGACCUGCGUGUCGCCCUCCCCAACACGCUCAACUGCGCCCUCUUUAAGAAGGUUCCGAACCACAAGACGCACGAGCCCGUCACCUACAUUUCGGCCCAGCGAUUGAUACUCUCCGUGGGAGAUGCGGUGUGCAUGUCCGCAGGCUCCGCGUGCCACUCCACCGCUGGCGAGGACGCGGAAAUUGUCGUGUCGGACCCGCUGAAGGCGGUAAAGGUGAACGUGGAGCGCGCCAUCGGGACUCUGCGCCUUUCCACCGGCCGCGCCACCACGAUGGAGGAGGUGCGCCGCGCCGGCAAAAUUAUUGCUCGCACGGCUGCACAGCAGUUUGCCGAAUAG